GCCGUCGUUCCCGCAGGGAAGGGAUGCUCCGCUCCUAACGCCCCGGCUCUCCUGAGGAUGACCGCCAUUCCCGAGCCCCUCGGACGCCCCCGGAGCAGCUCCUCCCGCAGCCUUUCCGGGACCCUGGAGGCCAUGGGGACGCCGGACACGGAUCGGGAUUGGGAUCGGGAUUGGGAUAAGGAGGAGACGCGGAUCCUCAAGGUUUGCUUCUACAGCAACAGCUUCAACCUGGGCAAGAACUUCAAGCUGGUCAAGUGCUCCGUGGCCACGGAGAUCCGGGAGGUGAUCCGGUCCAUCCUGCUGAGCGGGCGGAUCGGGCCGGACGUCCGUCUGUCCGAGUGCUACGGCCUGCGGCUCAAGCACGUCAAGUCGGACGAGGUCCACUGGCUGCACCCCGAGCUGACGGUGGGAGAGGUCCAGGAGAAAUACGAGUGCCUCCACCUGGAAGCCGAGUGGAGGUACGACCUCCAGAUCCGGUACCUGCCGGAGGAUUUCAUGGAGCGCUUCAAGGAGGACCGGACCACGCUGCUCUACUUCUACCAGCAGCUCCGCAGUGAGUACAUGCAGAGCUAUGCCAGCAAGGUCAGCGAGGGCAUGGCGCUGCAGCUGGGCUGCCUCGAGCUCAGGAGGUUCUACAAGGACAUGCCCCAGAACGCGCUGGACAAGAAAUCCAACUUCGAGUUCCUGGAGAAGGAGGUGGGGCUGGACCUGUUCUUCCCCAGCCAGAUGCUGGAGAACCUGAAGCCGCGGCAGCUGCGGAAGAUGAUCCAGCAGACGUUCCAGCAGUACGCGCUCCUGCGGGAGGAGGAGUGCAUCCUGAAAUUCCUGCACACCCUGGCCGCCUUCGCCCCCAUCGACCAGGAGAACUUCCGCUGCCAGCUCGUCCAAGGAUGGAACAUCACCGUGGAUCUGGUCAUCGGCCCCAGGGGCAUCCGCCAGGUGACCACCAAGGACGCCAAGCCCACCUGCCUGGCGGAAUUCCGGGAUGUCAAAUCCAUCCGGUGCUCCGGAGCGGAGGACGGCCAGGCUCUGCUGCAGCUGGGGCUCAGCGGGACCCCCCAGUCGCUGGCGAUCAAGACGUCGUCGCUGGCCGAGGCGGAAAACAUGGCCGACCUCAUCGAUGGCUACUGCCGGCUCCAGGGGGGCUCGGAGACGUCGCUCAUCGCGUUCCCGAGGAAAGAUCGCGAGAAGAGGAUCAGCCUCCCGCAGAUCCCGGCCCCGAAUCUCGGGGAGAGGCAGUCCACGCUUUCCCACAGCGUCAGCGGGGAUUCCGAAAUUUACGCGGAAAUCCUGGACGAGUCCUCAAGGCCGAGAUCCGGAAUCCAGCACUUCGGAAUCUCCCGGGACGACGUCGCGCUGGGCCGGAUCCUGGGGGAAGGAUUCUUCGGAGAGGUCUACGAGGGGAUCUACGCCACGCCCAAAGGCGAGCGGAUCAACGUGGCCGUGAAGACCUGCAAGAAGGAUUGCAGCCCGGAAAACCGGGAGAAGUUCCUGAGCGAAGCCGUGCUGAUGAAGAAGCUGGACCACCCCCACAUCGUGAAGCUCAUCGGCAUCGCCGAGGAGGAGCCCACCUGGAUCGUCAUGGAGCUCUGUCCCUACGGAGAGCUGGGCCAGUACCUGGAGCAGAAGCGGCCGGGCCUGGCCGUGCCCACGCUGGUGCUCUACGCGCUGCAGGUCAGCAAGGCCCUGGCCUACCUGGAGGCCCUCAGCUGCGUCCACAGGGACAUCGCCGUCCGCAACAUCCUGGUGGCCUCUCCGGAAUGCGUCAAACUCGGAGACUUCGGCCUCUCCCGCUACAUCGAGGACGAGGAAUACUACAAAGCUUCCGUCACCCGCCUUCCCAUCAAGUGGAUGUCGCCGGAAUCCAUCAACUUCCGGCGCUUCACCACGGCCAGCGACGUCUGGAUGUUCGCCGUGUGCAUGUGGGAGAUCCUGAGCUACGGGAAGCAGCCGUUCUUCUGGCUGGAAAACAAGGAUGUGAUCGGAGUCCUGGAAAAGGGGGAUCGGCUCCCCAAACCCGACCUGUGCCCGCCCGUCCUCUACACCCUCAUGACGCGCUGCUGGGACUACGAUCCCGGCGAGAGGCCCAAAUUCCAGGAGCUGGUCUGCAGCCUCAGCGACAUUUACCUGAUGGAGAAGGAGCUGGCCAAGGAGCAGGAGAGGAACAACCGGCACCGCCCUCCCAAAAUCCUGGAGCCGCCGGCGUUCCAGGAGCCGCCUCCCAAGCCCAGCAGGCCCAUGCACAAGCCGCCAUCCCAGAAUAACCUCCUGGCUCCCAAGCUGCAAUUCCAGGUUCCGGAGGGGCUCUGCGCCAGCUCUCCCACCCUCGCCAGUCCCGCCGAGUACCAGAGCCCGGCAAAUUCCCGGCGCACUCCGCCUCCCAGCCGGCACAACGUCUUCAAGCGCCACAGCAUGAGGGAGGAGGAUUUCCAGCGGCCGGGCAGCCGGGAGGAGGCGCAGCAGCUGCUGGAGCGGGAGCGGCUCCGCGUGGAGCAGGCCAUGGAGCGCCAGCAGAAGGAGAUGCUGGAGGAUCACCGCUGGCUCCGCCAGGAGGUCCAGAGCCUGGAUCCCAAGGUGUUCCUGAACAACAACAUUCCUCCGCUCCUCCCGGAGAAGGAGACGGAUUACACGCAAUUCACGGGGCCCCCCCAGAAGCCUCCGAGACUUGGGGCUCAGCCCAUCCAGCCGGCGCCCACGGCCAACCUGGACCGCACGGAUGAUCCGGUCUACGGGAACGUCACGGAUCUGGUCCGCGCCGUGCUGCAGCUGAAGAACGAGAUCAGCCUGGUGCCUCCCGAGGGAUACAUCCUGGUGGUCAAGAACAUCGGCCUUUCCCUACGGAAGCUGAUCGGGAGCGUCGACGAGAUCCUUCCCGACCUCCCGUCCUCUUCCCGCACCGAGAUCGAGGGCACCCAGAAGCUCCUCAACAAGGACUUGGCCAACCUCAUCAGCAAGAUGCGCCUGGCGCAGCAGAAUUCCGGCACUUCCCUCAGCGCGGAAUUCCAGCGGCAGAUGCUGACGGCUUCCCACGCCCUGGCCGUGGACGCCAAGAACCUUCUGGACGCCGUGGACCAGGCCAAGCUCCAGGCCAAGCUGGUGAAGCCGUGCUCGGAAUGAUGGAGCCGAGGGGAGGAAAAAAAACAAAAAAAAA